AAGCAACGGGGGCGGGGCAGGUUGCGGUAGUUGUGCUGACGGUGACAGUGAAUGGGAAGAUGAAGGACCCGGUGGGCUUCCUCCGGCGACAGCAGGAGGCCGAUAAUGGGGAUGGGGCUGAACGGUGGCAGCGGAUGGAGAGCUUCUACAAUAGGAGGCUCUGGCAUCAGCUCACAGUGGAACUUCUGGAGUUCACACUGAUUCCAUGCUUCCCAUCUGGGGAUAAUCUGUUGCAGUUAUAUGAACACUUCAUAAGUGACUUCGAACACCGAAUAAACCCAUUGUCAUUGGUGGAAAUCAUUCUUCGUGUGGUUCGACAGAUGAGUGAUGCACAGAUGGCUUUAAAUCUACUUGAAAAGACAUGGGAAAAGGUGAAGGGUGAUGAUGAAGCCAUGAUUCUCUGUAGAACUGCCAUUGCUGCUAUUAAAAUCAAAAUUGGGGACCUCCAGGAAACUAAGAAAAUCAUUGAAGAAGUUGAUGAGAUGCUGCAGAAGUUGCCGGGAGUAACGUCUGUCCAUGGCCGGUUUUAUGAUACUUCCAGCAGUUACUAUCAGGUAGUGGGUGACCACGCUGCUUACUACAGGGAGGCUCUGCGGUAUCUUGGCUGCACUGAACUCUCCGACUUAUCAAUGGGUUCACAGCAGCAGAGAGCAUUCACUCUCGGCCUGGCUGCGCUACUGGGAGAAGGCAUUUAUAAUUUUGGUGAGCUGCUGAUGCACCCAAUCUUGAAUUCGUUGCGUGAUACAGAGAACCAAUGGUUGAUUGAUACUCUGUACGCUUUCAAUAGUGGGGAUGUGGAGACCUUCUUCUGUCUGAAAACUUACUGGGGAGCUCAGUCUGAUCUAGCCAAUAAUGAACAACGAUUGAAAGAGAAACUGCAGCUGCUGUGCCUGAUGGAGAUGGUGUUUACAAGACCAGCAAACCACCGGCAAAUGACAUUCCAGGAAGUAUCCCACCAGGCCAAGGUAUCUGUCAAUGAGGUUGAAAUGCUGGUGAUGAAAGCACUGUCUGCGGGCCUGGUGAAAGGGAGCAUUGAUGAGGUGGACCAUAAAGUUCACAUGACCUGGGUUCAGCCACGAGUCAUGGACCUGCAACAGGUAUCUGGUAUGAAGGAGCGGCUGGAAGCUUGGUGUGCUGAUGUGAAGAAUAUCUCCAUCCUCGUUGAAGACCACGCACAUGAGGUUCUUGGCUGAAACCCCACUGCCCUCACAUGUGAUUUGAGUUUGUGUUUGUUGAUGCUAAUGUUUAAAAACAACACUGUUCUAAUGUUUUGUUUGCUGCAAAAGCAAGUUAAUCCUGUUAUUUCCUUGUGAAAUUUAAAUAAACAUAUAUCCUUUUGUGUGUUUACACAGA